AUGGCAAGCGGACUUCAACCAGCUCAUAUUGUGGGACCAGGAUCUGUACCGACAAACAAAGGACAACAUGGCAAUUCAUCAUCUGUGGGAUGUCUUCCAUUUCCUUCCCACAGUCGCCAACAUUCAGAUAAUUACCCCGAUGUUGUAGAUAAUGAAACUUAUCUCCAACGUCCAUUUUCAGAGAGUUCUAAUGAUGUAAGUGCGAAUGCAGGACCUUCACAACAAAUGCCAAGUUCAAGUCAAAUUCCUGAAAAUGGACACAGUGAAACUGUCCCUGGUUACCGAGCGCCAGGGACUUAUGUACAGCGUGUUCCAGACAAUGGAAGUGAACAAAUAUCUCCCGUGUCGGAUCAAGCUCCAUACGCUGAUGAACAGAAUGAUGGUAUGCAAGGGAGGCCAACCCCUGUGCCAUUACCUACUUAUAGACAAAUUCAAACUCGUGAUAUUAAUGUUGGGAUUUCAACACGCUUAGACCAACGUGCGGAUGCUCUUCCAGACUUGUUAAAUUCACACGUUCCACAACCCCCUCGUCAAGUAGUGUUACCUCCACAUAGACCUACAGUCUCCCGUAAUAAUAGGCGAACACGAAACACUGAGACUCAGACACAAUCUCAACACAGAACAAGGGAGGCUCAAUCUAGGACGCGGCAUGGACGCAGGAUGCGUACCCGCUCAACAAGUUCCUCUCAGGUGGAGGAUCCUGUGUGUAAGGCUCCUUGUGUACAAUGUUUCGUUAAAGUGACAUCAUUUCGAUGGGUUCUUGUUGUGCUAUCACUUUUAGGAGUAUGCUGUGUGGUAACAGGAAUCGUAUUAGCUGCCUUACAUGCUGCUGGCAACAGUUUUCUCUUCCUGGCAAUAAUGUUUAUAGUUGACCCAGCUAUAAAUGGGUUUUGGAUAAUCCGAGAAAGAUCAACGCCUAGAUAUUUGGACUGGUAG